UAGUAAUGCCGUACGCAAAUCAACCUAACAUCGAGGUUACCGAACUGACAAAUGAUAUAAUCAAGUUUGUACUGUGGGACACUGAUUUGAGUGUCGCAAAUUCACUGAGACGAGUUUUCAUGGCAGAAGUGCCAACCAUAGCUAUUGAUUGGGUUCAAAUUGAAACUAACACUUCUGUCCUCCACGACGAAUUUAUUGCACAUCGCAUGGGUUUGAUUCCGUUCAUAUCUGAUUAUCAUGUCGAAAAAAUGCAAUACACCAGAGAUUGUGAAUGUGCCGAGUUCUGCGAUGAGUGUUCGAUACCGUUCAUUCUGCAGAUGAAAUGUAAAGAUGAAGCUACUUUGGCUGUUACUACCGAGCAUCUAAUGCCAAUGCAUAAUUUAGACACGACCGUCCGACCAGCUUGUGGAAAAGCACUACGUGAGCGUGGAUCGACCCGUGACGAAUUUCACAACAGAGAAGAGAUUCUGAUUGUAAAAUUGCGUAAGGGACAAGAGCUUAACCUAAAAGCCUAUGUUAAAAAGGGUUUCGGAAAGGAACAUGCAAAAUGGAAUCCCACCUGUGGAGUUGCAUUUGAAUAUGAUCCAGACAAUGCUCUCCGACAUACAAUUUAUCCGAAUGUUGAGGAAUGGCCAAGAAGCGAUCAUUCAUCUUUACCAGAAGACAGCACUGAAAAGGAGGCACCAUUCGAGCCGGACAACAAGCCUAACAAGUUCUGGUUCUCUAUCGAAGGAACUGGUGCUCUUCCAGCACAGCGAAUCGUGACAAUGGGAAUCGGAAUCUUGAAGAGAAAACUGGAGGAACUAAAUAUGGCUCUUUCAAAUGAACUUCAAGCUCAUGCCCAGCAGCAGUAAACUAUUUGGAUCUCUAAUUUAUUUACGUUAUUAUUAACUCUUCUCGUUGAUUUUCGUAUCUCUCCUGUUAUCAUGAAUGAAUUAAAUUUG